UGACAGAAUUUACAAUUAUCAGUCAGAAUUGGCUGUUUGACUAUUCAGCGAAUAGAUAAACAAUCUGCUAUUUUUAAAACCUUAUUCUCCUUUUUCUACUUUUAUUUUAUAAAGUGGUACUUGUCUAGUUUCUGUACAAAACAUCAUACGAUCCUGAUUAUCAGAAAGAAAAUGUGGAGAUUGAUGAAAAAGAAUCCAAAGUUCUCAACUGAAACAUGUGUAAUUUGCCUCGAUAGAAAAGAAACCCCACGAGAUUUAGAUUGUGGACAUUCAUUUUGUGAAGACUGCAUAAAUACUUAUAUCGCCGAAUUUGAUAAGAAAAUCCACGCAAAAUGUCCUCUUUGUAGGAAACAAAUAUAUAGUACGGAGCCGAUUGCUCUGUUCCAGCGACCAUCCACUAAUUGCAUAAUAAUUGGGUUCUUCUUGGCAGCAGCAUUUUUCUACACGUAUGAAAAAGGAAAAUGCAUUCCCUGAUAGCCAACCAAGUAUUUCAUCAUUCCUCUAAGUAUUGUAUAGAUAUGUUGGGAGCAAGUUCAUUUAAAAGGUAAUAAAUACUAGGUAAACACAAA